AUGUCCACAACAAUCGCCUCGCCUAUGUCCACGCCGACCACCCAGGACCCUGGUCCAACCAAUAACCCCUUCCGACACCUGCAGACCAACUACUCGCAGCUUCCCCGACAUAUGAUCUCCCCUUCUCUGGACAAGUUUUCCGACUCCUCCAGCUCGUACUGGGGUUCGCGACGGUCCACGGGAACUAAGGAACCCGUAGGACUUGCCCCCGAGGUGCCCCAAAACGUUGUCGAUGACGAACUGCAGAUCAUCGGAGCCCAGGUGCUGCGAGACGCGUCUCCUGGCGAUGGAGACGACGAAGACAACUCGUCUGAACACACCACAGCCUCGACCAGUGGCUCUUCCACCGGCGGCUCGCCCUCCAAAAAGCACCAGCCCAACUGGCAUGACUUUUACAAAAACGGGUACCCCGAUGAAGUCAUUGUUAUCGACUCUGAUAGUGAUGACGACCACGGCGACGACGUCAACAACACCCAAGUGGCUCAAGUAGCAACUACUGCCACGACGUCAAAAACUACUAUCAACCGUCGAAUUUCGUCCGCCGCUGACCUGCCCGUCAAGCGACGAAAGUUCUCGCAAUCGUCGACAUCAGGCUCCACCACCGCUACCCACAACACGUCGUCCUCCGACCAGCAACUCGACACAAACACACAUACAACACUCGACCAGGACUCGGACAAAAAUCUGCUGGACGAUGACGAGAACGACACUCCUCUGACUCCACCACCAAAGCUUCGUCGAAAGAUCCCCGAGGUGUAUGUUCGGCCUGUGGCUGACGCCAAGAAACUGUUGGCGUCUCAGUACGACGAUAAGGACGGCCAUUACGUGACCACGUUUUCGGACGUGUUCACCGAGCGAUACGUCAUUCGAAAGCUGCUCGGACAAGGCACUUUUGGUAAAGUCGUGUCGGCUUACGACAAACAGACUGACUCGCUAUGUGCCAUCAAAAUAAUCCGAGCGGUGCCCAAGUACCGAGACGCGUCGAAAAUCGAGCUGCGUGUUCUCACAGCCUUGGCCGACUAUGACGCUAUGAACAAGAACAGAUGUAUUCAUCUGCGCGAAUGCUUCGACUUCAGAAACCAUGUCUGUAUCGUCACAGACCUGCUGGACAUUUCCGUCUUUGACUUUAUGCGUGACAACCGGUUCCAGCCCUUCCCUGGCUCUCACAUUCAGAAGCUUGCCAAGCAGCUCAUCAAGAGUGUGGCCUUUUUACACGGUCUGGGGCUUAUUCACACGGAUCUCAAGCCCGAAAACAUUCUACUGAAGAAGGCAGCUUUCGUGCGGGUGGCCAACAAAAACCUGGGACCGUCGUCGAUCCGCAAACACAACUACUACCGCGCACACGACCCCAAAAAGACGGAGCCCAAGACUCGUAACGUGCUCAAGGACACAUGUAUCCAUCUCAUUGACUUUGGCUCAGCCAUCUUUGACGAUGAAUACCACUCGUCGGUGGUGUCGACGCGCCACUACCGGGCCCCCGAAAUCAUUCUCGGCGUGGGCUGGUCUUAUGCCUGUGAUAUGUGGUCCAUAGGCUGUAUUCUGGUGGAGCUUUUUACUGGAGACGCCCUGUUCCACACCCACGAGGACUUUGAGCACCUAGCGCUCAUGGAGGCCAUUAUCGGAUACCCGUUCCCCAAGGCGUUCGUCAAGGAGAUGAUCUCCAAAAAACCCAGCGCUCAGGUGGGCAACUUUUUCAACGCCCGAUCCGGCAAGCUCGGAUACCCCAACAAGGACACCACCACGAGCUCGAGGCACUACAUCCGAGAUACUCUGUGUCUGACAGACUUGAUCCACACAUCGACGCAAUCCACGAAGAGCCGCAGCGAAGGAGCCAACCCUGAUGGGCAGUUCUGGGACCUGUUCCUCGACUUGGUGCGCAAGAUGCUUGUGUUUGACCCCCGUGAACGAAUUACUGCUCGAGAGGCCCUCCAGCAUGAUUGGUUCAAAUGUGGGAUUUCCGAUGAGGGUAGUGUUUAA